ACGUUUUUUGUAAUCUCAGUCACCAUGCCAUUAAAAAAAAAUCGAAUGUAUAUCAAUUGAAUCGGUGCGGCUGCGUCCGGUGCCAGGGUGGAAAAGGUGUUGAAAAGCUUUGGCACGUAGCUAGCUUCUGAUGCAGACACAAGGACAGGGGAAUUGGGAAAGACCGAUUUGACACAAAUGUCCCUGCCUCCAUUUGCCAAGACUUUUCCUUUGCCCCCACCUAUAAAACCCACCUGGGAAGAAUCGGCUAGAGAGCAGGGGAAGAAUGAGCGGGAGGGUUUCUUUCUGAUUGAAAUUUCCAAAUCCAGCAAGCGAAAACCCGCUUCCGUUUCUUCCUCCUCCUUCUCCCAAAAUGGAAGGAGAAGUUGGACCCGCCGCUGCCGCGGUCGUGCCUGCCUCCGCCACCGCUGCGCCGCCUCCCUCGCUGCCGUUGGUGUCCGAUUCGUCGUCUCUCGUCACAUCCCAUGAGGAGAAUCCGGAGGAGGCCCACGCUCUGCCGUCGGACGAGGAGCAGGAGAACAACGAGCAAUACCCCGACCUUGACCCGGACCACGGCGCCGAUCAUGAUGAGGAUCACGACGGAGACCAACACCAGGCGUCGGAGCAAACGGACGACGAUCUUAAGCUUAAAAUCAUAAAGCAGGUGGAGUACUAUUUCAGCGACGAGAAUUUGCCCACUGAUAAAUACAUGAUAAGCUUGAUAAAGAAGAACAAAGAAGGUUUUGUUCCUAUAAAAAUUCUUGCUUCAUUCAGGAAAAUGAAGAAACUUACCCUUGACCAUGAAUUCAUCUGUGCUGCGUUAAAGGAUUCACCAUUUUUGGUUGUGAGUUCUGAUGGAAAGAAGGUGAAGCGCCUUAAUCCUUUUCAAAUGUCAGAAGUAAAGGAUCCAAAGCUUUCCACGGUUCUGGUGGAGAAUCUUCCUGAAGAUCAUUCUUUGGAAAAUAUCCGAAGUAUAUUUGGUGAAGCUGGGAGGAUAAGGAAAAUCACGUUUCGUGAUCCUCAUGCGGGUGAAGUCUCAAAGAAAGGAAGCAAAGCAGAUUUUCUCGUUAGCAUCAAGUUACACGCCCUUGUGGAAUACGACACUGUGGAGGCUGCUGAAAAAGCUGUGGCUAGUUUGAACAAUGAACAGGACUGGAGAAAUGGCAUGCAUGUGAAACUUCUCAAGCGAGUGGUGGGCAAUCCUGCACAGAGGAAGCCGUGGAAAGAGCACGAUUUUGACAAGAGUAGCAAUGUUCGCGUGUCUUCUUCUCAAACUGUAGGGGAAGAGGUAGUUAAUCCUACACAGGAGAACCGCCAUGAUUUAUCACCAGAAGAAGAGGAGGCAGAACAUGUUUCCAAGGAGAAGAAUGGACAGAGAGCAAGAGCUAGAGGACGAGGUCGAAGGAAUAGAUAUCACAAUUCUAAUGGAAUGGGCCAUGGAACCGCAUCCUCUGUGCACGCAGCCGAACCCUCAAAGCCUCCGCCCGGACCGAAAAUGCCUGAUGGAACCAGGGGAUUCACGAUGGGACGUGGCCGCCCUCUCGCCUCCUCCGAUGUGGCGAAACCCAUUCAGCAGCAGCAGCAGACGGUCUGAAGCUGAUCAUGUGUCAUGCCUGUGUGCACUACGUUUUACCAUUUGUGAUGUAUGUUUACUAUUGCGUGGUGGGAACGGCAAGGAUUAGCCUCGCUGAAACGGGUUGUUGUGGGUUUGUCUUAGUUUUGUUGGGGGUGAGUUUUCUUGCAUGGUUUUGAAAUGUAGGAUGAAGAUGGGGAACAGGUCGGCCUUUCAUGUGCUCUACAAUUAGUGUGCCUGUUUUAGUUUGGUGUACAGAAAUACGACCUCCUCAUCCCCAUUAGUAGAUGGCUGUGAAUGAAUUGUGACUGUUUGCUUUCCUCUCUUCACUCAAUUCCAAGAUGCCCUGUUUUGGAAGCCACAAACCCUUAACACGGCUUACAUCCUUUGCUGUUUGCAUCGUAGUGUUGGUGGUAUGGUGUUAGGGCUGGCUAUUUGGUCCGGACUUUUGGUUUUACCUGAAAUCGGACCGUAUAAUCGGGACCGGAUAACAAACAAUCGAAUCUCAUAUUUGGGUUUAGAUUUGAGGUAAAAAAAUCGUUUGGAUCGGAUCGAAAACCGAAUAAAGAAUCAAUAAGAGAACCCAACACUCAAAAUUUAACCAACUUCUCACCCUUUGAUGCCUCAGGCCACUCAAAUCCCCACAAGUUCAAUCUAAUAUCAAGACCAAAUUGAGACCGGACCGGGUCAAGACCGGACUGGACUGUAUCCAAUCUAAUUUUUGGUCUUUAUAUUCCUGAAAAGAUCGGAUUGGGACCGAAUUAAUUCGGGCCAAUUUAACCGGACCAGACUGUAUAACCACCGUAUUAUGGGAAGGUUAUAUAAGUUUGUAUCAGCCAGGCGUUACUAGAUUUAUCUAUAAUGUAUUGAAUAAGAUUUAUGAUUGCAGCGUUAACUAUUUACUAACUGUAGUAUGAACUACAUAUGCGCACAUGAAAUUGAGGACGUGCCAUUGUAGUCUAAAAUUGAUCCGCAAAUUUGGGGGUCGGAUACUAUGCUAACCCCUAAAGGGGUAGUGAUUUUCGACACCCUCCUAUUGAUUGGUCAGUUUUAUAUUUAAUUAUUAAACAAGUAUUAAUGGCUGUCCUAAAUAAAUAUGAAUGGAGAAAGAAUUAAUUGUCAUAUUAAUUAUGCACGGGAAGGGGGCAAUUUAGCUGGAUCCCCUUUCCCUCUGUGGCGUUUCUACUCCCUUUCCCUUUGUUUCUAUUUCCCCCCUCCCUCCUCUGCUAUUUCCCCUUGUUUCUUUCCAUUGUUGUGGAGAACCAUAGCUCUGGUUCAUCAUUACACGGCUGGCGGAUAUCCCCGCCGCCCUUACAACAAGUCCGACCAUCCAUGUCGUCGGCCGUCUGCCGUCCUCCGUCUUCCAUCUCAAACAUCACCUUCCAACAACUUCCUCUUAUCCACGGCCUGCGCUUGAUCUUUUCCUGUUGACCACCGUCUUUCCACGGUAGAGAUUCGAUAAACCCUAAGUGGCGGCGACAGAAUCUGAAGGUGAGGGUGGUACCACUAGGCGGCAGAGGAAACACACCAAUGGACUGGUACGUGUACCAGUGGAGUGGUACGUGUACCAGUGGAGUGAUACGUGUACCAGUGGAGUUUGGAAUACAUCGUCAUGAAAAUAUUGUGGUCUCCACCACUUUUGAAGUUUGGAAUUGAUUUUAUUAUUUUUCUUUUGUCUUAAUUAUUGGUCAACUUCUUUCAAUGUCAUUGAAAUAUCUUUGCCGACGAGUAAUGAAUAGAAAUGGUCUUCGCACAACUUCGGCGGUAAUCAUACUACUUCAGUGGUACAUAUAUACCACUGAACUUGUACUAUACCACUAGACUGGUAUACAUAUCAAUUAACUGGUACUUAUACCACUGAACUGAUACUAAUUAAGACUGUCCUCAAUAUACCAAUACUCAAUACUUACUUGAUCAUGAAAUAUAAUUCUGGCACAAGCAACACAAUAAACAUUUAAAUCAGUC